CCCAUAUUAAGCACCAUUUUAUAUCACUCUAAACCCUAAUUAUACUUCUUCGUUUGCAAACCGAAUUUCUGCAGAGAUCUACCUAGCUGUAAAUCAUGGUGAACGUUCCAAAGACCAAAAAGACUUACUGCAAGUCAAAGGAGUGCAAGAAGCACACCUUGCAUAAGGUCACCCAGUAUAAGAAGGGAAAGGACAGCUUAGCUGCUCAAGGGAAGAGGCGUUAUGAUCGCAAGCAGUCAGGCUAUGGUGGCCAGACCAAGCCCGUCUUCCACAAGAAGGCCAAAACAACCAAGAAGAUUGUGUUGAGGCUGCAGUGCCAGGGCUGCAAGCAUGUCUCCCAACACCCGAUCAAGAGGUGCAAGCAUUUCGAAAUCGGUGGGGACAAAAAGGGCAAGGGAACGUCCCUCUUCUAAUAUGGUAAAUGGAACCCUUGGAUUUGCUUUGUUAUGUGGGAUGAUUAUAGUGACAUUUUUGUGUUUUUGCUUAUAAUGUUUGGUGAAAUAUGAGACAUCUUGUAACUGACAUUGAUUAGUUUCCAAAUUUUAUUCUAUUAAGUAUUCAGCAUCAAUUUUCUUCAA